AUGAACAACGAGAAAAAUACAGAUAAUGCUGUCCCCACUGUGUCCGGAUCGCCUUUACCAUUUUCGGUUUUCAGCAAAGGGCAAAAACGAAUCAUCGUGGGCCUAGUUGCUUUGGCAGCAUGGUUCUCAACACUCAGCAGCUUCAUUUACUACCCCGCUAUUCCGCUCAUUGCCAAAGACCUGAGCCUCUCCAUUGCCCAGAUAAACAUGUCCAUAACAACUUACAUGGCUGUCUCCGCAAUUGCUCCCUCUAUCACAGGCGAUGCAUCAGAUAUCUAUGGGAGGCGACCACUGUAUUUGUUCACGCUUGGCCUUUAUUUAAUUGCAAAUAUAGGCCUUGCCUGCCAAUCAACCUUCGCUGGGCUCCUGCUACUUCGCAUGUUGCAAAGCGCUGGGAUAUCCGGAGCUUUCUCCAUUGCAUAUGGCGUCGUUGCCGACGUUUCUAUGCCCUCAGAGAGGGGUUUAUAUGUUUCUGCCCUGACAUUUGGGUAUUCGAGUUUUCCAAGACCUCAAGUUUUUUUUCAUUAG